CCGGAGAGAGAGGCUGGAGUGAGCUGAAGCAGCGGAGAGGAGCCGCAACUGAUGGCCGAGAAGGACGGAGCCUGCUGGGGGAGAUCUGAGGGGCGAAGGGGCGGCUGAGCGUGGGGGCUGGGGGUGGAUGUGACCGAGAACUACUAGGUGACUGGAGCACGAGCACGAGGAGAGAGAGGGAUGCCAUUAAGUCUGUUGGGGGGCGGCCGUCCUCUGCCUGACUCCUUCUAAGGCCUAUGGUGCGGACGCCCCCAUAAACAACCCCUCGAGUGUUUAUUUACCAGCCUGUGAGCAAUGGGCAGCCUGGGCGAAGGUGUAGACGCUGGAGUGGUGAAUGAGGCUCUUCUGGACGCGCUGUGUCCGGAAUGCGGUCAGAUCCACCGGUCCUGGGAGAAUCACCUGUAUAACUACCGCCUGGAGGUGGACGAUGACCUGGUGUGCCACAUCUGUCUGCAGCCGCUGGUGCAGCCGCUGGACACGCCAUGCGGUCACACGUUCUGCGCCCGCUGCCUACGCAGCUUCCUGCAGGAGCGAGACUUCUGCCCGCUGGACCGUGCCCGGCUGCAACUGCACGGCUGCAGACGCUCCAGCAUCCUGGUGCACAAACUGCUGGACAAACUGUCUGUCACUUGCCCGCUCGCGCCGGUCUGCUCACUCAGCAUGCCCCGCUGUGACCUGGAGGCUCACCUCAAACACAGGUGUCCUGGGACUCAGAGUCAGAGGGCUGUUCUGGAGGCCACGCGAGUGGAGUGUCUGGAUGACAAAGCGAUGGUGACUGACCCCUCCAAGUCACCGCAAACAGAGCUGAGGGAGAGCAGCUCGUCCCCUCCGGCCGGCUCCAACGCCUGCAGCGGCAUGACCAUGUGGACGGAUGAGCCGGGGGUGGACAACCCUGCCUUUGAAGAGAGCACAGAGGAGGACAUUGUCCAUGGUUUGGAGUGUGUCCCCACCCGAGUGAAGCGUCCUCUCAGUAACCCCUGCAUCCACCUGCUCCGGACAGGAAGCUCCGCCUCCUCUGGAUGGGACUUUGUUGAGUCUCUGCCUUUAUCAGCUGAGGAGGGUUGUGUGAAGCUCCCCUCUUUGCCAGAAGGUGAAAUCACCACCAUAGAGGUCCAUCGCUCAAACCCCUAUGUAGAACUGGGUAUCAGUAUUGUUGGGGGCAAUGAAACCCCCCUCAUAAACAUUGUAAUUCAGGAAGUGUACCGGGAUGGUGUUAUUGCUCGAGAUGGAAGACUGUUGGCUGGUGACCAAAUACUACAGGUGAAUAACGUGGACAUUAGUAACAUGCCCCAUAGCUUUGCCCGCUCCACUCUGGGUCGGCCCUGUGCGACACUGCAGCUGACCGUGCUGAGAGAGCGCCGCUGUACCGCCCGGCCCCCUGCUGUAGCCCCAACCCCGUCCUCACCAGAGGGCAGCCCCGCCAGCAUGCGCAUCACGCUACACAAACGUGAGUCCACAGAACAGCUCGGCAUCAAGCUGGUGCGACGCACGGACGAGGCGGGCGUGUUCGUACUGGACCUGCUGGACGGGGGCCUGGCUGCCAAGGACGGACGUUUGCGCAGCAAUGACAGAGUCCUGGCGGUCAACGAACACGACUUAAGACACGGAACGCCUGAACAAGCUGCACAGAUUAUACAGGCCAGUGGAGAGAGGGUUAACCUGCUGAUCAGUCGUCCUGCCAAGCAGACGAUGGCUGUACAUACGGGCCGCGAGAGCUGGUGCCAUGAACAUUUCUUGCCUCUUCCCCGCACGGCCGCUCCUAGUCCUGCACCCAGCCUGCAGCUCAGCCGCUCCUCCACUCACAGGGACCUCUCUCAGUGUGUGACCUGCAAAGAGAAACACAUCACUGUGAAGAAAGAGCCCCACGAGUCGCUGGGGAUGACUGUGGCCGGAGGACGGGGCAGUAAGAGCGGGGAGCUGCCGAUAUUCGUGACCAGCGUCCAGCCGCAUGGCUGUUUGUCACGGGACGGAAGAAUCAAACGAGGGGACGUGCUGCUAAGCAUUAACGGUCAAGACCUGACCUGCCUGAGCCACAGUGAAGCAGUGGGCACCCUCAAGUCCAGUGCUGCCUCCAGCUCCGUCCAGCUUAGAGCGCUGGAGGUCAGCACGGUGGACGAACCAGGCCACGAUGAGGGGCUGCUCCCCCACCACGAGAGUGACUAUGACGCCAGCUGGUCUCCAUCUUGGGUCAUGUGGCUUGGCCUCCCCAGCUACCUGCACAGCAGCCACGAGAUCAUCCUGCGACGAAGUCACCCUGGCAGCUGGGGCUUCAGCAUCGUUGGGGGUUACGAGGAGAAUCACAGCAAUCAGGCGUUCUUCAUCAAAACCAUCGUGUUAGGAACGCCCGCCUACUACGACGGCCGGCUAAAGUGUGGUGACAUGAUUGUGGCGGUGAAUGGUUUGUCCACAGCGGGCAUGAGUCACUCUGCGCUGGUGCCUAUGCUGAAGGAGCAGCGCAGCCGGCUGGCGCUCACCGUGGUCUCCUGGCCGGGCAGCCUGGCGUAGCCAUCACACUCCCUGAGAUUAACUUCUCAUCUAAGCGUUUGAUCCGUCCUGUGUCCGUCAGUCCAUCCCCUCUUCUCCGCCACGGAGGCGCCAUACUGUCAAUGUGAGUUUGGAACUUGAAUGCUUCACUCGAUGCUGAAUAAACCAGGCCUUAGAAAACCCUGCCACGCCCAUAUGAGGCCACACCCCUCCGGAGAGCAGCCUUAAGGCCUUUCCACCACUGCGCAGGCCAACGGUCCGCCCUGCCGGGGGUUUUAUACAGUAUAUAGAUAUAUGUUAUCUCUAUAUGUUGUGCGCGUAUGUAUGAGUGAGUGCAAGAGAGUGUGUGGGCGCGUGCAUGUGUUUAAAUGUGUAUGUGUACAGUGUUUAAUAAAUAAUUCUUUCCCACAGAAAA